AUGUAUCCUCGCUUGCUAUCCGAUUCCGCUGCGUUCCUGCGGGACUCGCUGAACUCGCUGCCCGCCUCCUCCUACGACGCAACGCUGGCGCUCAUGCUGGUGGUGGCCCUCGUCAUGUACGCCGCCUCCGUCGUGCACCGCAACUACUCGUGGGUGGAUCGUUCCUGGUCGAUUAUGCCUGUGGUCUACGCGUGGAUCCACAUCGGCUACACGCUCCGCGCCGGCACCGGCCACGCCGCGCUGAACAGUGCGCCCCUCAUGUACGGUGCCCUCAUCACGCUCUGGGGGGCUCGCCUAACGCUCAAUUUCGCCCGCCGCGGCGGGUACUCGCGCGGCCACCAAGACCACCGCUGGACGUACAUUCGCAGCUGGCGCUGCAUGCGGAACCCGCUUCUCUGGGAGCUCUUCAGCUUCAGCGCCAUCGCCGUCUUCCAAACCGCGCUGCUGUGGGGCAUCACCCUCCCCGUCAUGAACAUUCCCGCCGUCGCCGUUGGCGGCAAAGACGUCCUCGUCGGGGCGGCCAUCCUCGCGCUUAUCUUCUUUGAAACCCUCUGCGACGAGCAGCAGCAACGGUUUCAGCGCGGCAAGCACGCAGCGCAGGCUCGACGUAGAGGAGGCUCGGCCGACGGCCAGCAAAGCCGAACCGCCUCGCCAGGAUUUUGCAUCACUGGCGUAUUUGGCCACAGCCGCCACCUCAACGUGUUCUGCGAGGGCUGCGUGUGGGUGGCCGUUGCGCUGGCGGCUCUCGUGCACGGCGGCUUCGUCUGGUGGCAGUGGGCGGGCUGCGCCACGCUGCAGCUGCUGCUGAGGUACUCCACCGCCCGCGUCACGGAGAGGCUGUCGCGGGAAAAGUACCCGGCGUACGCCCUAUACCAGCAGACCACGCCGAUGCUCGUGCCCGCGGUGCGGUCCACCACCGCCCGCACGCUCUUCCUCCUGCAGCAGCAGCGGCAGCAGCAGCAGUCCCGCAAGUCCACGUAG